ACGGGACGACGACGUCUGUCACGAGUCGUGCUCCGUCGCCGCAGCUAGCUAGUCACUGGCCCUGAGAUUUUAGCGACGCAACUCCAAGAUCCAUUGUUCGAAAUUAACCCAUUACUCUCUCUCUCUCUCUCUCUCUCUCUCUCUCUCUCUCUCUCUCUCUCUCUGUGUUACUGUUAUCUUGCGUCUUUGAUGAGUACGGUGUUGUCUGAUCUCCGACCGCCGGAGUAAUGUCUUUGGAGUGCGGACGGUUCUCCUCGAAAGGCUAGGGUUUUCGGGUUUCUGUUCAAUCGAGCUGUUGGAAUUGUUGGGUUUCCGUGAUUCUUCCGGGGUUGAGGAAUGUUCUAUUCACAGUUCAUAUUAGCUAAGAAAGGGCCACUGGGGACAAUAUGGAUCGCAGCCCAUUUGGAGAGGAAGCUCCGAAAGAAUCAGGUUGCCGACACAGACAUCGGAGUUUCUGUUGAUUCUAUUCUCUUUCCUGAAGCUCCUAUUGCAUUGCGGUUGUCUAGCCAUCUUCUGCUUGGUGUGGUGAGGAUCUACUCGAAAAAGGUAAAUUACCUUUUCGACGAUUGCAGUGAGGCAUUGCUUAAGGUAAAACAAGCUUUUCGCUCCACUGUCGUUGAUCUACCUCCAGAAGAAUCCAAAGCCCCGUAUCAUUCUAUUACUUUGCCGGAGACAUUUGAUCUUGAUGAUUUUGAGCUUCCGGACAGUGAAAUCUUUCAGGGAAAUUAUGUAGAUCAUCAUGUUAGUACAAGAGAGCAGAUCACCCUUCAGGAUACCAUGGAUGGUGUUGUGUACUUGACAUCACAAUUUGGAUUAGAUGAGCGGUUUGGUGAUGGUGACACUUCUCAAGUUGGUUUGGAUCUUGAUGAGGAAGUAUUUCAUGGUAAGGAUGUUGCUACUGCUGAGGAUGUGGGAGUUUCAGGUGCUGAUCUCGAUGCUUGUUUGGAUGCUGCAACACCUGAGAUAAAGGAUUCAGCGCUGGGAGCUGAUGAAUCCAUGCCACAGAAUCGUAACGACGAUCAGGUUGGAGAUCUUACCAUGCGCAAUGAGUUACAUGAAUAUGCUCAAGCUCCACAAACUCCUGGAUUAGUUGAGGUGCCAAACCUGUCUAGUGCCAGAGAGGAGCCGGCAUACGAUGAUCCCAUGGAAGUAGAAGAUCAGAAUGUGUCAGGUGCUGCAAAAGAUGCUAGGAAGGCAUCCAGGCAGCUAGAUGUUUGUCAGAUGCAUAAAAGUGCAGAGGAGGAAGACCUAUCUUCUGAACAUAACAUUGGUCUGAAAUCAGAUGUGAAUAUGCUACCUGAUGAGUGUAGUGACCCAGACAAGCAGAUUGGGUGUCAGGGAGAAUCAACAGCCACUCUCAUGGCAAGGGAUAAAUCACAGAUAGACAGAGAAUCCAAUGAACAAAAUGAUCCAGAGAUGGCAGAGCACAUACGUGCUGAAUCUCCUUGUUGUUCUCGCAUCACCACCGAGAUAGAGGAUCCGGGUCAAGUAAUGACUGUGCCAGGAGCCGAGAAGGAUAAUGUUAUCACAGAGAAGUCAGAAACCGGGCAUCAGUCAUCUCAGGAACCAAAAGAUCUUGGAGUAGAGAUGCGAGGGGAAUGUGGCAACACGGCUGAGGCUAAUAAGGAAACAAACUCUAGUUUGCUAGGCGAUGGGCAGGCUGAUAAACAGUUGGGAGAUAUGACUGGAUCUGCUAAUUCUGAUUUGCCUGCUCCUGAAAAGGUACUAUCUGUACCUGAUGGACUUGCUGUCAAGGAAAAUGAUUUCAUGAUCGAAUGUACGCCAGACCGAGAGGAUGCAGACACUACUAAAGAAGAUCCUGGAACUAAAAACAUUAUUGGGAGCAAACGUACUUUCACUGAGAGCACCUUAACUGCAGAAAGUUUGAACUCUGUUGAGUCAGUUGGACUUAUCAGCUCCAGGAAAACUGCAGAUUCUGUUCCUGAUGACGAUGAUUUGUUAUCUUCUAUUUUAGUUGGGAAGUCAUCCUUUCUAAAGAUGAAGUCCACCCCUGUGCUUGAAGUAGCAUCUUCAAACAAACGAUUGUGGUCUGCGCCCCGUUCUGCCUCAAAGAGGAAGGUUCUUAUGGAUGACCCUAUGGUCUUGCACGGCGAUGUUAUACGUCAACAAUUGAUGAACACUGAAGAUAUACGCCGUGUACGAAAGAAAGCACCGUGCACCCAUGCCGAAAUCUUAAUACUUCAUAGGCAGUUUUUGGGGGAUGGACUCUUUAAGGAGCCAAUAUUCACUGGUUUGUCAAUGGAACUUGCAUCUCUGCACAAUGAGCCAUAUGAUCUGAGAGGAAUCAGGGUUAUCGAAAAUGAUGACCCUCAUGCUUCUACUGGAGUGGUGGAAGAUGAUGAGUGUUCUGUUAGGCCUGAUAUUGUGGAAGAAGAUAGAAUUGUAGAAAGCUCUGACCCAACAAUUUCCAGAAAUGAUUCUGGGGAGCAACCUGCUGAAGGUCAUACUUAUGAGGACCCGCAAAAUAAAGAUCUACAGGAGGAGAUGAGAGCUGAUAAUGAUCUUGUCAGGGAUAAAUUGGAGGUGGAAGUUAACAGAGAGGACAAUGGGGCUGCUGAUGAAGUAAAUCGUUCAGUUAGUCAUGGAACUUGUGAAACAUCAACGGGUGAAAAAAUCGAUAGUGCAGAGAAUUUACAUUUAGAUGGAUCCCAUGAAAAUCACGAGGAAGUGCUGAAUGUAGAGAACAUGGUUGUGAGUGAGUUGGACUUGAAAGCUGAAGAUGAACUUUUACAGGAUGAAACAAAGAUGGAUGUAUCAGCUGGUGUUAAUGUAACUGAAUUCAUGGAAGCAGGUGGUUCUAGUAGCCCAGCCAUGGAAAAUGACAGUGAUAAAGUUGGGGAUGCAAAUAAUGAUGGGGUCCAAAUUGCAGAGAUAGAGUCUGAUAACAAAGAUCCAACAUUCAAUGAGAAAUUUAACGAGGAAACUGAUAUGCAAAGUGCAGCAGGUUUAGGAACUGCUUCUCGAGAUGGUCUUACAGGAGAUAACUCUCAGGAGAUGGAAACCACUGGAUUCGAACAUGAUACAGGAUUCUUGAACGUCGAUGAUGAUGAUGAUGAGGAUGGUGAAAAUGAUGAUGAUGAUGGCAUGCAAUAUGAUGACGAGACUCGUGUUCAUGAAAAUAGUGGAUGGUCUUCUCGUACCAGGGCCGUGGCCAAGUACCUGCAGACUUUAUUCGAUAAAGAAACUGAGAGUGGAAAGAACGUUGUUGUGGUGGAGAAUCUUUUAGCCGGAAAAACACGUAAAGAAGCUUCGCGGAUGUUUUUCGAAACACUGGUGCUGAAGACAAAGGACUACAUCCAGGUCGAACAAGCAAAGCCCUUUGACAGCAUCAAAGUAAAGCCUCGACCAAAGCUAAUGAAAUCCAUCUUCUGAGUGGUGGUGGUGGAGGAUAUAUCUUCAUCUUCCCUCUAUUUAAAUUAUUACACAUUUUUCCCUUCUUGUAGGGCCUUUGUAGUGUAAUAGAAGUGUUGAGUUCUGUUGUUUUA